AUGCCGCCCCCCCACCUGCACCCGCGCUCGCGCAUGACCUCGUCCCUCUUCGCAACGACCGUCCUCGCGAGCUUCCUCGUCGUCGCCCUGCCGCACAUCCUGCCCUGUCCCGCGCCAAGGAGGAGGGCGUACUACGCCGACGACGGCGGAGAUAGCAUGUCGUCGUCACUCUCCGGGUCUAGCAGGAGAGUUAGGAGGAGGAGGAGGGAAGAGGAUGGCAAUGAUCCUGGGACUACAACUGUUGGUGGUGGUGGUGAUGGUGCCGAAUAUGAAAAUGAGAUUAGGAGGCGGGUGAGGGGACCACAGAAGCGGGAGUGUCCCGUGCCGAAACCGGGCGGGAUCUUGGGGGAGUGGUUGCGAUUCCACGGCGGCAGCAGUGCCCCUGGGAAGGAAGGGGGAGAGAAGACCCGGCCGGAUAGGUGA